GCUUGAAGACAAUACAAUGUGGCGGGGCAGUGGAGAUUUAUCUAAACUCGUUUAAAAACGCGGAUGGAAACGUUGGUGAUAAUCGUGGUUGUUGCGAUGCAUUAUUUAAUUUCCUGUGCGAAGGCGCUUGUGAUCAUGUUUUUAUAUUGUGCUUAGAUGACCGCAAUGGACCAUCCAGCACGUCAUCAUGUGAGUAUGGCUCUAUUCAGACAGGAGAAAUUGAAAAUAGCAACACGAUCACGUUCAAUAGUAGUAUCGGUGAGACUGACAACCCCAUGGUAUUCUCAUUCUCAAAAUGGCCGGGAUCAAUGAAACUGAAGGUUCUGGUAGAAGACUUUGAUCCUCUGAAAGAAAACGACUUUGUAAGUUUCCACCAGAUAUUCAUAGAGCAGACACCGUCAAGUUCUAGAUCGACCGCUGGAGAAAAAAAUGUUACAAUACAUAAUCGAACGAGUUUAUCUCUGACAUUCAAAGUAUAUUGUGACCUAGCGUAUUAUGGCGAUUGUUCGGUAUUCUGUCAACCAAAAGACGAUUACAGAGGACACUAUACAUGUCACAAUAAGACCGGAGAGAAAUUGUGUACAGCAGGUUGGACGGGUCAAGAUUGUGACAGGAGUAUUGAUGACUGUAUAGGUAACGGAUGUCGGAAUGGUGGUACUUGUAUUGAUGGGUACAUGUCAUACACGUGCAAUUGUCUAGAACGAUAUACAGGGUUCCGAUGCGAACAAGAUUUACAGGCAUGUUUAGUUUCCCCCUGCAAAAACAAUGGCGUAUGUACUAAUUUCACUACCAGUAUCAGUUGCACGUGCCCAGUGCAAUGGACAGGACUGCAUUGCACUGAAGAAGUUGAUUUUUGUAAAGAUAACCUUUGUCAAAAUUCAGCAUGUGUUGCUCUGGAAACAACUUAUUCUUGUUCAUGUAACAGUGGUUGGACGGGACAAUUUUGCGACGUCAAUAUUAAUGAAUGUCAGAAUAACCCGUGCCAGAAUAAUGCCACGUGUGUUGAUAAUGCUGGUAGCUUUACUUGCACGUGCAUAGAAGGAUUUCAUGGACGUUUUUGCGAGACAAACACGAACGAGUGCUCAAGUCUUCCUUGUAUGAACAAUGGAACAUGCACUGACCUUAUCAAUGACUUUCAAUGCCAAUGUUCAAGUGGGUUUACUGGUACUUUGUGCCAAAAUGACGUCGACGAGUGCACGAGCUCUCCAUGCAAGUACGGGUCAACGUGUGUAAACUACGAUGGGAGCUUUACUUGCAGGUGUGUAAAUGGGACAACCGGAGAUUUGUGCGAAGUAAAUAUCAACGAAUGUGAAAGAAAUGUUUGCCAGAAUGGCGGAACAUGCAUCGAUGGUAUUGGGAUGUUUGAAUGCGCAUGCGCCGAAGGAUUUACUGGACAAUUAUGUGAAAAAGCUAAUCCGACAGAGACUCUUUGGUACGCAAUUGGGAUUGUAAUUGGGAUUAUAAUAGCAGCUUUAAUUGCUUUUAUUGUUGUUCUUGUAAUCUUACGAUACAGGAAAUCCAGUGCGACAUUUGGCUCGGUACAAAGCAGGGUUACACAAGGAGAUAGGAAUUUUGAUGGAUUUGGUAAUGUAAAUGUUGUAUAUGACGCACAACCUCUGAGUGCGAACGCAACAGAGUACAAGCUAGCAUCAGAUGACGCAGAAUCUCCGUGUGUUGUCACAACAGAGUACAAGCUAGCCUCAGAUGACGCAGAAUCUCCGUGUGUAGAAACAACAGAGUACAAGCUAGCAUCAGAUGACGCACAAUCUCCGUGCGUUGAAACAACGGAGUGCAAGCUAGCCUCAGAUGACGCACAACCUCCGUGUGUUGAAACAACAGAGUACAAGCUAGCCCCAGAUGAUGCACAACCCCCGUGUGUUGAAACAACAGAGUACAAGCUAGCCCCAGAUGACGCACAACCUCCGUGUGUUGUAACAACAGAGUACAAGCUAGCCUCAGAUGACGCACAAUCUCCGUGUGUUGAAACAACAGAGUGCAAGCUAGACUCAGAUGUCACAGAAAACAGCAAAAUAGAUGAGGGGAAUUCCAUUAAAAUUCAGAAAAUUUAGCAAAAACGAAAAAAAAAAGAAUAAAGAAAA